UCCUGUUUGAAUGCAGACAGCCUGAUAACCCCUCCUCCCUCUUCUCCCGCUUUCAAACAGCACCCUGUUCCCUCCUCCAUCACAAAUGUGCAACUGCGCAGAUGGGUGUAAACAACAUGUGAUAGGGCAGAAGCUGACGAGCGCUAUUCAUGAAGAUUAGCAAAUGAACAGGAACAAAAGGGACAGACUUCUGUUAUAAGUCAGACCACAGAUGUGUUUCUGUGCAGAGAAACUCAGGCAGUCGCUGCAAGAGGUGAAAUGGCGCAGAGAGGAGUUCAGCUGGACAGAGAAACCUUCUCUUGUCCCAUCUGUCUGGAUCUACUGAAGGAUCCGUUGACUGUUCCCUGUGGACACAGCUACUGCAUGUACUGUAUUAAAAUCCACUGGGAUGAAGAGGACGUGAAGAAAGUCCACAGCUGCCCUCAGUGCAGGCAGACCUUCACACCGAGGCCUGUCCUGCUGAAAAACACCAUGUUAGCAGUUUUAGUGGAGGAACUGAAGAAGACUGGACUCCAAGCUGCUCCUGCUGAUCACUGCUAUGCUGGACCUGAAGAUGUGGCCUGUGAUGUCUGCACUGGGAGAAAACUGAAAGCUCUCAAGUCCUGUCUCAUCUGUUUGGCCUCUUACUGUGAGCAACACUCAACAGUCUCCUGCCUUUGA